AUGAGUCUCUGCCGUGCAGGAUCCCUCCCGGCUGCUCUCCUGAGCUCCGGCGCCGCCUCCCACCGCCUCAAUGGCUGUUGCCAUCGCAGCCUCUACGCCAUCACCGCCGCUCGACGCCGGAGCAUCAACGGCCGACGGGCCUACACCACCGAGCCCAAAGACGCCGACAUUGCUGUCCUCGGAGGAGGCUUGACAGGUCUCUCCACUGCUUACUACCUCGCAAAGAAGCUUCCCUCGACUGCCAACAUCACAUUGUACGAGUCUAGCGACCGCCUUGGAGGAUGGAUCAAGACGGAUAGAGUACCGGUCGACGUUGGGGGCAAGCAGGGCGUCGUCUUGUUCGAGCGCGGCGCACGAUCUCUGACUUCGCUGAAUGGAAACACCUUUCGAUACGAUGAUCUCGUCCUCUACGAUCUUGCUCUUGAUCUCGGUCUCAAGAUCAGCUCGCCGGGUGCUAAGCCGCGAUACAUUUACUAUCCCGACCACCUAGUCACCAUGCCACCCUUCGCCCCGUUCUCCGACUUCCUCCGUGAACCUCUCUUCCUCCAGAGCUUCGGCGCAGGCCUCGCCCUCGCCUUCAACACGCUUCGCCGGCGGCAGCUCCCCGCCCAGGACUACUCGGUCGCCGAGUGGCUCUACGAGAUCACAAACAGCCGCAAGGCGGUCGGAACCAUGGCCUCGGCCAUGAUGCACGGCAUCUACGGCGGCGAUAUUAACAAGCUGAGCGCCCGCUCCGUCCUCGACCGAAUGUACUGGGGCUGGUACCUGCCGAACCCGGGCUUGCACGCGCGUCCCAUGCCUAUGCCUGAAAAGGAGAUUCUCGAGGCGUUGGGCAAGGACAAGGAGAUUCAGAAGCUGGCGCUGGCUCCAAAGAAUGCUUUGAUUGACUUUGGCGAGUCGGGAAUGGAGACGUUGCCCCGGGCCAUGGCUGACGCCCUGAGGAGUCAGCCAAAUGUCACCAUCAAGACGGGCGAGGAUGUAUGGGGUCUGACUUAUGAUCAGGAGACUAAGAAGAUCGAGAUCGCCAGCUCCAAGCCAAGUGAGCAGGCUCAGCUGUUCGACAAGGUCAUCUCAACCCUCUCGAGUCAGGACACGGGCAACCUCGCCCCUUUCAAGCUCCGGGCUUUGGCAAAUACUCAUUCAGUCUCCAUAAUGAGGGUCAAUCUCUGGUUCCCCCAGGAGAACAUCAAGCCCCCUGGCCUAGGCUACCUGAUCCCCAACUCGGUGGCCCCUGAGACGAACCCGGAGCACGCCCUUGGCGUCUUCUUCGAUUCGGACGUCCAGGUCCGCUCCGCUGAUGAGCCUGCCGGUACCAAGCUCUUCGUCCUCAUGGGCGGCCACUAUUAUGACCAACCUGAUGUCAAUAUUCCUACAGAGGACGAGGCCAUCAUCCAAGCCCGCAACCUCCUCGAGCGCCAUCUUGGCAUCCCCCGCGAUGCACCAUGCCACGCUAUAGCAGGCCUCGCCAAGAACUGCAUCCCUCAGCACAACGUCGGCCACCAAGACCUCCUCCGCGAAGCACAUAAGGAGCUCAGCACCCACUUUGAAGGCCGCCUCGCCGUAGCGGGAGGCUCAUACAGCCGCAUCGGCGCCAUCGCCAGUCUUCGCGCUGGUUACGACGCCGCCCUCUCGACCAAGUCCGGGCUAGAUAAAACCGGCCUCGAGUACUUGCACGAUUUGCGGGAUUUUGCUGUUGUACCUAUCGAGAAGAUUCCCGUGCGGCGCUUCAAGUGA